AUGGCACAGACACUGUGGCGGGGCGCCACUAACGCCGUCCUCAUCGCGGCUGGCCGCUCUCUCCCUCGCGGCUGGCCGCUCUCUCUCUCGCGGCUGGACGCACGCUCUCUCUCGCGGCUGGACGCCUUCUCUCCCUCUCGCUCUCCCUCGUCGCUCGGCGCCGACGUGGGGGAAUAGCGUGGUCACUCGCGGCUGGAGUGACAGACGGACGGGAGUCAAAAUGAACAUUUAAAAACAAUAAUUGGACUCUUGCGUCCCCGUGGUUGGUGUUAGAGGGUGCACACUCAAACACCUACACGGGUCUCGCUUACACGUACACGCACACACAUACACACUCACCUUCUGUCUCCGCUUCAUGGACUGAACAGAGGCAGUUCCGGGUCACCUGUUAAGUAGCACUAGGUGACGUGCCUCCGCGGGUCAGGUGACCCAGGGAGAAACCAAAGUCCGGAAACAAAUUGAUUUAUAGGAAAAAUAUUGUGUUUGGGUUUAAUAUUGGCUCAGCCAUGUGGAGGGUGUGAGCAACAGUAAUUGCUUUGUAUUAUUUUGUGUAUGUAGAAAUAUUAGUUAUGAUAUAAUAGCUGAUAUCUUGAAAAACCCCUAGAUUGUUUUGAUUGGUUUGUCCGGAGGAGGGGCCAAGGGGUAUUUAAAGGAGCUCAGCUCACUUGUUGGUGUGCCUCCUGGUUGAGCAGACGUAUGUUGGUCCUGGUAUUUGAAUUGCGGUUUGUAAAUAGUUUUUCCUCUGUCUUUUUUGUAAAUAAUUUUUGUAAAUAUUUUUUGUACAUAAGAGUUUUCACCUGUGGGUAUUUUUUUGGAGAUGGUGUAAAUAAAAGGAAAUCACCGUACUCGGUUCUCGACUGUGCCAUCAUCUUUCCCUCCACAACCGAAAAGGAACUUAAAGAAACUGAACCCGCGACAUUUGGUGUCAGAAGUGGGAUGGCCAGUCGAAGGGGACGCAUCCGGUUCACAGGAAGACGGACCGGACUGCGGUCACAAAAAGUGGAAGAAGCUGUGGAGGAAGCAGCCUGGGCCACAGAGGAUGAGGAUGAAGAGGGUGCUGCUGGGCCUUCCUGGCAGGCAGACCCGGGAACUUCAGGUGCUGGGGCGGAGCUGCUUACAGUGAUGAGAACUUUCCUGGAGGGGCAGCAGAGGAGAGAGGAGGGCUUGCUUGCAGAGCUCAGAGGGCUUCGAGCUGCCUUACCAGUUCCACUGCAGCAGCCUGAAGCAGAACGGAGGCCGGUAACACCAAGUCCAGCACCAAGAACCACUCCGCCAUCUGCUGGAUCAACUAUGAGCCUCCGUCUUGAGUUACCAACUCCAGCUCCUCGGCCACGACGCAGUUCUCCCGUGGAGGCACCAAGGAUUGGGGCAAGUAGCCUGGCAGAACCUCCUAGGUCUGAGAGCCGACCCUGGGGUGACCCCAAGAUCCCUCAGUAUCUGUCGGGAGAGGACAUUGAAAAUUACCUGCUCCGCUUCGAGCGCAUUGCCAGAACGUGGGGUUGGCCAGACAGUGAGUGGGCCUGUCGCCUGGUGCCUCUGCUAACUGGAAAGGCGCUGGAGGCUUACACAGCGAUGGAUGAGGACCUGGCUCACUCCUACCCGGACCUGAAGGCAGCGCUCCUGAUGAAAUUUGACAUCUCCCCGGAGACUUAUCGCCAGCAGUUCCGGUCCAUGGCUGUCCCACCAGGAGAGAACCCCACAGAGACUUACCACCGCUUAAAGGGUCUCUACCGUCGAUGGGUCCGGCCAGAGCAGCAUACAAAGGAGCAGAUCGGGGAGCAGGUCAUAUUGGAGCAGCUGCUGAGGGUCUUCCCGGCUGACAUCCGCACCUGGGUGAAGGAGCAUGAGCCGACGGAUGGGCUAGCUGCAGGGAAGCUGGCACUGCAGUACCUUAACGCACGGAGGGGAGGCCCGACAGUCAACCAGGGUGGACCCAGUCGGCAGGUUUCAUCACAGCCCAGACCAGCGGCCAGAGCCAGCCAGCAUCCAGCAGGAGAACCUCGGUCCGCACCUCGCCAGCGCAGCCCUGGUAAGGAGCUUAUUUGUUUUUACUGCCAGCAAGCAGGACACAAGGCUGCUCUGUGCCCAAUCAGAAAAGCCAAGCUUAGCAGUGCCUGCUACACUCCCCGAGCGGAGGUUGCAAGUGCUGGGGGACGGCAACAAAGAUUCAAGGAAAUAACCAUAAAUGGGGAAUGUGUGACUGCUUUGGUUGACUCUGGGAGCUUCCUGACGCUGGUGCGAAGGGAGCUGGUGCCAACGGGCAGUGUGGAUUAUAGCAGACAGGAAGACAUUCUGUGCGCACACGGGGACAGCCAUUCCUACCCCACAGCUGAGGUGACAGUGGUAGUGGACGAGCAGCCUUAUCUGCUGACUGUGGGGGUGGUGGAUAGGUUGCCUGUGGCUGCGAUCCUGGGUUGGGACUUCCCAGUGCUACUGGACGUGCUGCUGGAGGCAGGACCCACAGCCAGUGACCUGGGGAAAGGGUUGUCUGGGCUGGUGAUCACCCGUGCCCAGGCCAGAGCGGGGAUUGCAACCGGCCCAGGGCAGGAAAAGGGCCCUGA